AUGAUGGCGCCUCUCACUGACGAUGCUGGCGAAACGCUUGGGAAUGUACCAAGUCAAUGGUAUGAUGGUGGAAAUCAGGAAUACCAUAGCAGAGGGCACAUGACUAGACGCCUAGCUUCCCGUGACUCAUUAUCAGAGCCCUUACCUGGACAGCGUGUCACUUAUUUUCUGGCACCCGGCAGAAAGAACGAUGCCCUGGUAGCUUGCGUCCGAGCCCUCGAGGAGGCUGUUCCUUCGUCACUGAUACCAUCAUCAUACUACUGUGCCACGACAACUUCGUACCGAAGCAAUUGCGAAGUCUCUCGCCACUUAGCGCCCCGUCUUCACCUUGCCUACUAUCUAAACAGACAGUUCAUUCCUCCUCUUGAGCGAGUGGUCGAACUACUUGGAGAAAACCUGCAUGAAUGGCUGAGCGACCUGCCCAGAUAUCAUCCAUCCAGCGGUGCUAUCCGGCAUUCCACUCUUAUGAUCUCGCAACAGGCAACCCAGCUAAAUAACAUCUAUCCUGGCCUUAACUCUUCCAACUCCUUCAUAUUCCCUCUUCGACGAUUGGGUAGCUGCUCUUCUCUAAUCUCGUCACCUGCGCCGAAUGUGAACCCAGCUAGUCCAGCUCCAGAAUUUGGCGAAGUAGACGAGCCAGCUUCUCUUUCUUCAACGCCACUCCUAGGACGUCCCCAUUCUAAAGUUCUGACUUGUAAUGAGACUUCACCAACUCACUUUGGCAUUGGAUCUGGUAUUUCAGACAAGCCAUGCCGUCCAGUAGUUCAGUAUCAUCGCCGGUCUUAUAGACGAGGCCGUAUUGGCCAAACAGCCUGUCAUCAAAGGCAAAUUUCCUCUUCACUUGCAGCUCGCUCCAUAAUGCGAACAUUCUUACGUGCUGGUCGGCCGCAGAUCUGCCCAUCAUGUGGCUCGGUGCUGCGGCCAGAGGAUAAAGCCGAUAUGAUCGGUGCAGAUGGGGCUCGCAAUCGACGAGAUGGAAGAACGGACUCUGACAGAUUGGGGCAUUGCCGGGCCUGUAUAGCUAACCGACCAGGUGUUUUGACGAACAGUCUCGUGCGCCAUGGCCUGGAGGUCAGCAACUGGUUUACUUUGAGAAUAUAA